AUGGAAAACCCUAACCUCGACGGCGCCGCUCAAACACCCCCAUCCAAUCCAUCCAAUUCCUUCCGAUUCGCGCCGUCGUUCUCCAACAUUAACUUGCAACGGAUGGCAACAAAGGUUGCGUACUUGCCGGAGUCGGUCAAGUCCGAUCUGAUCACCGAGGCUGCGGCUAAUCACUAUUCCGUACUGUUUGAUCUCCGCAAACUCAUCUCCCGACCUUACCGCCAAACACCGCUGGUGUUUCCCCGAAGCCUCUCCGAGGUGCCCGAACGGGUGGCGGAGCUUGGACGUGUGGUGGCCCGGGACGAGAGUAGGAAAAUCUACGUCCAUAUUCUGAGUGGUGAGACGAGUAUGAACAACCUAUAUGGUGCUGUUAGGGAAUUUGGGGAUGUUGAAGCGCUGGGAUUUCGUUGGUCUACCACUCUAGCUACGGUCAAGUAUUUCGAUCUCCAGGCGGCAAGACGAGCCAUCAAAACACCUGUUGAGGUUAUGAACAGGCAUCACCUCCGAUGGCACUCGCUCACCACGGUUUGCUCUAUCUGCCAGAGGGGCGGUACAAAAUCCUCCUUUCCUCCAUCUUCCUCGAGGGGAACCGGCCAGCUGACUUCCUCGCUGGCAUCAGGUCCUCUACCCCCCAGACACGCAUUCUUUACCCUGACGAUAUUCCUCUCCGCCUCCGCACCAUACGGAUGGACUAGAUGGGAUAUCCUUCAUUCAGAUUUGUGUAGCCGCUCCUACCUUUUGGCGCAUCUGCCACACUGUGAUGCUGGCGUUUUCGCCGAGACUCUCCCUGGACCAGGAUCUGUUAUUUUUGUAUUUCUCGCUGCAGUUGCCAGCUUCUCCUCGGGUCGUUGCGAAGUUGUGUUGUCAGACAAUCACAAGGGUGACAUCUUGAGGCUGCUCCAUAUCUACAAGAAGUGGGUUCAUUGCAUUUACACUGUUAAAGGUGAUGGUUCUGGAUCAUUUAUACUUCAGAAGCUCUAUCUAGAUACUGCAAAUGCCAAGAGAAAAUUCGCCAAGUACUCCAUUGCACUUCAACUUCUGGAACUAGAGGAUCUUGUUGAAGGAGUUGAAUGUUGA